AUGCAUCAUAGCCACAACCAUGGUCACCAUGGCCGCGAUUCAGGCCCUGUUGUUCAGCAGAAGAAUGGGACCUCUAUCUCGAAGGCCAAAGCCAACAAGACAAUUGAUUAUGCUAACAACCAUAUGCUCUACUUAGCAGACCUCAUGAAUCAGUCUCAUUUUCCUCGCUUGACAGAUGUCCCACUUCCUCUCAAUUGCUACUCCCGGAUGUAUGUACCAUUAGAUCCCGUACUAGAUAAGUACAUCCAGCACAAGAAGGUCGAGGUUUCGGAGUCAAAAAAGGACUAUGUCCAGAUGCGCUGUUGUGAGUUCAAUAGCGACGGGCGCUUUAUUCUCGCGGGGAUAGAGCGUGGGGACAUCGUGUACCAUAACACGUACGACUUUUCCUACUUUUACAUGGAGACUAUUCACAAGGUCGGAAAGGAAAGCGGCUCAUCGGCGUUCAUAACUAGGCUCCGCGUCCUCCCCACGGGGGAAAACGAUAUCCUCACUUCGUCAGGCAACGGAUAUGUCGUAUAUCUAGAUAAUUUUCUCAAUCGGUUACCGAGUAAGGAGUGCUAUGGAAAGCAGGUCCAUAAGGGCUGUAUCACAGAUAUGGCUGUUGCAGGUGAUGGGUCUCACUUUGUCACAUGUUGUGAUAAGACAGCAAUCGUGUCGCACCUCAGUAACUCGGUUGAUACGUGUUUCAAGACUUUGAUCACUAUAACUGGAUUUGACAGUAGCUUGACUUCCCUUGCCUGCCACCCGUUCUCUCCCCUGCUGCUAAUAGGAGAGUACACAGGCGGAAUUUCAAUCUGGGAUCUGCGAAUAAACACGAAGAGCAAGAAAGACCCUGUGGGUAGCCAUGCGCAUAUCCUUUCUGCAAAGGUCCCACGUGAAAAUAAGAUCUCCUUUUUGAAUUGGCACAGCUCAGGCAGCAUUUACGUUGUUGGAUCAUGCGAUAAGCGAGUACGUAUCUAUGACAUACGCAACCCCUCCGAACCCAUUUACAUGGUUUCCUUAAAUAAUGACCCUACGUGCAUGAAGUGGAAUCCUGUUUUGCCCAGCACUUUUGCCGUGGGUGACAGCGGGGGGAACGUGUCCUUCUUUGACCUGGCUGUGGCCCAUGAAGUCAACAUUUCCGGCACCUACCCUGUCUCCUCUCUGGAUGAAGUAACACUGGAAAGCGUACUAGGGAUAAGUACGUCAGAGCAUUCCAGCGAUCCUAUACACUUGCGCCCACUCGAAACGAUUACUAGAGCGCACAGAAGCACAAAGGACACGCAGCAGAUCUUAGACUUAGCAUAUCAUCCCAACGGACAUGUACUAGCAACCAUCGGGGACGAUAAGGAUAUGCGUUUUUGGUCAUGUAAUAGACCCGGGACUCUUCUCCAUGACAUAUUCCAUCAUUCUGGAGAUCACACCUGGCUGAAUCCUGCAGACGAGCGAUACAGCCACAACCAAUCACACAGAAUUGUUCAUGCAACGGUUAACACAGCUGCAGAUAGGUUGAACCAGGACGAGCUCGCUCCCUUCUAUCGCACACCGGAUGAUGGCAGGCCUGCUGAAGAGGUGCUUAUCCCAGGGCUCCUUGAGAGUAGGAGCAUGUCCCUGUAG